CAGCGCGUGGAUAGAACCUGUUCAAAGCUCCGAAUGACAAAAAAGGUCCGAAUAACCAGCCAAUCCGAUGGCCGGGUUCUUGUCACGUGGCCGUUGUCAGUGAAUUAGGUUGGUUGUAAAUCAUAUCCCAUGCCAGCUCUUUCAUAGUAACAUUAUUGUUCAGAGGCUGAGCGGUGUCGCGAAACGGAUUUCAAAUCUUAUUUUUGUUAACAGCUUGAAAAUCUGUGGAAAUGUUCAACAAUGAUCUCAGGGACUUUGAUGAGGAUCCAUUCUUCUCGGAUCCUUUCCGGGCUCACAGGGAACAUAUGCGGCAGAUGAUGCGAAGCUUCUCUGAACCAUACGGCGGGCCCGUGAUGCCCAGUAUAAUGGAUAGGAGAAACCGUGGUCGUGACAUGGCAGAACAUCCAAGCUCAUCCCUGGCGCUGAGGGAUGAACACAGGGAUUUGAUGAGGAACCCUUUCGGCAUGUUCGACAUGAUGUCCAACAUGAGAGACAGAAUGGAGGAGAUGCACAAAAACUUUGAGAACAUUCCCACGGAUCCAAACACCCACUCAUUCAGAUCCUCAUCAGUCAUGACAUAUUCAAAGGUUGGAAAUGAGCCUCCCAAGGUCUUCCAGGCGAGCUCAUUGACACGCCAGGCCCCUGGGGGGAUCAAGGAGACUCAGCAAGCAGUUAAAGACUCUGAGAGUGGUCUGGAGAAGAUGUCUAUUGGUCACCACAUCCAGGACAGGGGACAUGUUGUUGAGAAGAAAUACAACAAGAAAACAGGAGAGAAGGAGUUCAUCCAGGACUUUCAGAAUUUGGAUGAAUCUGAAGCACAGUCUUUUGACGAUGAGUGGCAGCACAAGGUGUCUAAGUUUCUGCCGUCUGGCCCAAUGUCUCGUCUGGAGGAACCCCGACCCCGUGGUUUUCGCCGGGCAGCCCUGACCGGUUCUAAGCAGGAUCACAGUGACCAAUCAAAGGGCAAGGUGGAGGGUAAAAGCAACGUGAAAGUCUCAAAAAAGCAGUGAAAACAUCUGUUUGUGUGCUUAUUAAAAUCUUUUAAGCAUCAUGCAGUACACUCUGGAGAUCUGUAUUAUUUUGAAAUAUUUAAGAAACUAUUAUUUUUACAUUUCUGCUGCUAAUGCUUUAAUGUUAAAAAAAAACAUAUUAUGUUUCUCGUACUGCCCGUUGCUGCAGGGAUUCCACCUGAAACGCUCUGGCAGAGCUCUUAGUCUGCCUUCCCAUGAAGCCCAGUCUGCUCUGAUUGGUCAACCAAAGUCAAACAAGCCACUGGGCUGGCUGUGCUUGCUCAGACAUUGGGCAGCACAUAUGAAAAACUGGGCUGGCAUUCCCAAUCAUCCCUAUUGAGGAAUUUUAAACAGGAAUGUGGACGAGGCGUAUCAGGCAGUUAAGAAAAAGUAGAGUCUGUGGGAGAGAAAGCUCCAUUUGGAGUGAAAUGUGUUUUUCUUGUACUCUAUACAUCUAUUACAUACACAAACAAUUAGAUAAUACACUAAAAAACAGGAAAAAUC